CAACAAAGUAUAUAAAGAGGCCUGAUUCCAUUUCAAAAGUUUACUCUUUCAGGCUGGCCCUGGCCUCUCUGUCUGGCUUCCCAGAGGUUACAGGAAUUCUGAGCUGCCUCAUCCAGUUUUCUUAGCAGAAUGACCCUGUUUGCUUUGCUUCUCUUUGGCAUGCAGUUACUAUGCUCCCGGGCUGUCUCUCCUCCAGCCGAGAAACCGCCACCUCUCUUACAUUCCCUGGCAUGUAAUGAUUCUGCAGUCGAGGCAGCUGCAGAUCUGGCUCUGAGCCAGAUCAAUGCCAACCAAAGAGAAGGCUAUGUGCUCAGUCUCUAUCGCAUUUUCAGCGUCCAAGAACAUCCCCAGGAAAUCACUGGUUCUGUCUUCUAUCUCACCUUGGAUGUGGUAGAAACUGAAUGCCAUGUACUCAGCAGAAAGUUGUGGAAGGAUUGUAAGAACAGAGCUGACCAUGAAACUGUUUUUGGGCAAUGUAAAGCAAUCCUCUACAUUAACAAGCCAAGGAGAAUUGUUCACCUGUAUAGCUAUGAGUGCACUUUACAGCCAGUUCCAUCAAGCUCCAUUGUAAGGCUCUGCCCUGACUGUCCAACUCCUGGCUGUCCAACGGAGCCCAAAUAUCUGGAAGCUGCUGUUGUGAGCCUGGACAAAUUCAACAAAGAAAGCAAGGAAGCUCAUCUUUUCUCUGUCCUCAAUGUUACCAAAGCUUCGAUGCAGUGGGUCAUUGGACCAGCACACUUUGUAGAGUUUAUAAUUCAAGAGACAUCCUGUUCCAAAAAUGAAUCCAUUGCUGAAGUCUCCAACUGCAAGCCUCUCUCACCGGAAUUGGCUCAUACUGGUUUAUGCAAAGGCUCUGUAGUGAAAAGCCAAGUUGAUCAUCAUCAGUUUGUCAGCAUAGCCUGUGAAAUCUACGAUCCACAGGCUCCUGGAGAACAGGAGAAGCACACUGGCCAUAGAUCUCAAAAACCCAAUCAAGAUGAUGAUGAAAGCCAUGAACAUCCUCACCAACAUGGAAAGAAGGGGAACCAGAACUCGCACAAACACCCUCACGAUCAUCACCACCACCACCACAGCCGCCACCAGCACAAGCAAAACCAGCCUUCCCCCUCUGAACCUAAUCACUUCUCCCCACGUCUGGGCAAAACAGUGGGCUGGGUUAAAGUUCUCCCUGCUAAAGAGGAGCACGUGUCUCUCCACACCUUACCAGAGCCUGAGGCUGAACAUAUCGAUGGAAAGCCUGUUCCCCCACAGAAGGCAAAGCCAGUGCCAGCCCAUCCAGAAACACAUGAUGGCACUGAUGCAAAAAAGCUUCUGGUAGCCAGGCCAGAAGAAAAGCCAGGUUUGACCAAGCCUGCAAUUGGCCCAGCCAUUCUCCCUUUCCCUGAAGGGCACUCGCAGUCAGAUGCGUGCCCAGGAGAGCCCACGUUUGUUAACUCACUCAUCCUCCGUUUGCUUUCCAAACCCCCUGUCAAAACGUUACCAGAGAUACCGCGACAAACUGCAACGGAAUAAAGUUCAUGUUUCCCAUUGCCAUGUAAGAACUUUCAAUAAAUAACAUUUUCUUUC